UCGUUUUGAAGCUCAAAAUUCAAAUCAACAAGAAGGCGCGUCGUCGAUACACAAAACCCCAACCCCAAACCCUUCCUCCGCCCCCAAAUUCAAUCUCAAUUUCAAUUUCACCUCCACAAAACCAGAGAUUAAUGCCACCAAUUUCAAAUAAAAGAGGGCAAAACUGAAUUAAGAAGAUUCAGUAAUUAAAUGGCUUCCAAAGAAACCUGCAGAACCGAGCUCCGCUCCGCCGUCCGCCACCUCAGCGACCGCGGCCUCUACUCCGCCUCCAAAUGGGCGGCGGAGCAGUUGAUGGGAAUCGAGCAAGACCCAUCGAAGCACACUCCAUCACACACUCGAUUCCAGCGUGGAAGCUCCAGCAUUCGCCGCCGAUUCCGCACUUCCACCCCCGCCGAUUCCUCCGCCACACCUGCCGCUGGGGUUUCUUACAUCAACACACCGUCGCUCAUGGGGGUUGAGGAGUACGAUUACGAUAUGAUGGAUAGCGAUUUUUAUAUGUUGGCAAAGUCUUAUUUUGACUGCAAAGAGUACAGGAGGGCUGCCCAUGUGCUCCGGGAUCAGACCAGCAAGAAAGCCGUGUUCUUGCGCUGCUAUUCUCUCUAUUUGGCUGGAGAGAAGCGAAAAGAAGAAGAGAUGAUAGAACUCGAGGGACCAUUAGGCAAGAGCAAUGCUGAGAAUCGAGAACUCGUCUCUCUGGAACGAGAACUAUCAACCCUCCGUAAAAAUGGGACAAUUGACCCUUUUGCCCUUUACGUGUACGGCCUAGUCCUCAAAGAGAAAGGCAGCGAGAAUCUAGCAAGAUCCGUUCUGGUCGAAUCCGUAAAUAGCUACCCUUGGAAUUGGAGCGCGUGGUCCGAACUUCAAACACUAUGCACCACAAUUGAGUCCUUAAACAGCAUCACUUUAACAAAUCAUUGGAUGAAGGACUUCUUUCUCGCCACAGCUUAUCAAGAACUUCGCAUGCACAACGAGUCUUUAUCUAAAUACGAAUACUUACAAACGACUUUCUCUUACAGCAAUUACAUACAAGCCCAAAUCGCGAAAGCCCAGUACAAUCUUCGAGAGUUCGAGCAAGUGGAGGUCAUAUUCGAGGAGCUUUUAAGAAACGAUCCUUACAGAAUCGAGGAUAUGGAUAUGUACUCGAACGUGCUGUACGCCAAAGAAUGCUUUUCCGCGUUAAGUUAUUUAGCCCACCGGGUUUUUCUAACAGAUAAAUACAGGCCUGAAUCUUGCUGCAUAGUCGGAAACUACUACAGCUUAAAAGGGCAGCACGAGAAGUCGGUUAUGUAUUUUCGGAGGGCGCUUAAAUUGAAUAAAAAUUAUUUAUCCGCGUGGACGCUUAUGGGCCACGAGUACGUCGAAAUGAAGAACACUUCGGCUGCAGUUGAUGCCUACCGUAGGGCGGUGGACAUUAAUCCGUGUGAUUAUCGAGCUUGGUAUGGAUUAGGGCAGGCUUACGAAAUGAUGGGGAUGCCGUUUUACGCGCUGAAUUAUUUCAAGAAAUCGGUCUUUUUGCAGCCGAGCGAUUCUCGAUUGUGGAUUGCUAUGGCUCAGUGUUACGAAACGGAGCAACUUCAUAUGCUUGAAGAGGCGAUUAAAUGUUAUGAACGGGCAGCGAAUUGUAACGACAGGGAGGCGAUUGCUUUGCACCAGCUGGCGAAGCUGCACUGUGAAUUGGGAAGGAGUGACAAGGCGGCGUAUUACUACAAGAAGGAUUUGGACAGGAUGGAAGCUGAGGAGAGAGAAGGUCCGAAUAUGGUCGAGGCUUUGAUGUUUCUUGCGCAGCAUUGUAAGAAUCAGAAGAGGUUUGAUGAGGCUGAGGUUUAUUGCACUCGUCUUCUUGAUUAUACGGGUCCCGAGAAGGAAACGGCAAAGAGUCUUCUUCGAGGAAUAAGAUACGCAAGGGAUGUUGAGCAUUUCCCUCCGUAAGUUUAUUCGAUUUCUUUCGAAUAAAUUUGAUGGAUUUGGCGGUGUAGCGAAGGUGUUCGUGUACGACUGAGGUGGCGGCUUUGAUGUAUUUAAUCAUUUGUCGAGUUUAGCUAUAGAUUUAUUUAUUAAUUUAGUUAAGACAAGUAGUAGUUUUAGACUGGUGCUUCACUGCUUUGUGUUUUGAUGUAGUUUGAUAGUUUAAAGAAUAUAUAAUGUGUAACAAUAAAAAGCAAUUUUCCCCUUUGGAUAUGUUAAUGCUUUUACGUACUUCUU